AUGCCAGUUAGCAACACAGGAGAAUCCUUGAAACCAUACACACUAUUAUGGCACACCAAGCAAAAAGUGACACUUGUGAAGGAAGAUGCUGAGUUAGUCGGCGGUUGUAUAGGUGAUACUAUUGAUUUGUCUUGUUGGAAGAACUGCUCUGUUGCCAUAAGUGGAUCUACUGCCGAGAAAGUCCUCGCUGGAUGUAUCCAAAAGUGUAGAGUUGGGGAAACAUGUCAAACAGCUUCAAACAAAACCAGCUUCCUCAAAAUACUGAAGGAAAAAGAGGUAACAGAAGGUCCAGUUUUCAGCAAAGAUGGGAAUUUUUACCUCGUUUUAUAUGUAGCUGGUAAGAUCCGCAAAAUCGACUUGGAAAAUAAGAAUGCUAGUACAUUGGUCUCUCCAUCAUUAGAUGGUUUUCAAGGGAUGCCACUAGGACUACAAUGUGACCGCGAGAACAAUAUCUGGGUUGCUGAUGGAAGACUUGGCUUAUUGAAAGUGUAUCAAAAUGGUUCUUUCCAGCAAGUAGCUACUGUAAAUAAUAAGAAUGAAAUUCUACAGGGGUUUAAUGAUCUUAUGUUCGACUAUCAUGGAAAUCUAUGGAUCACGGCACCACAUGGUCCUAUUGCCCCAUUUAACUUCACACGAUCGAAUGAGGAGCCAUUUGGGAGUGUGUACUGUUACAAUAAUACAACUGAUGAGAUGAUAAAGGCGGCUACCGGAUUCCUAUAUCCCAAUGGUAUAGCUGUACAACAUGAUACCAAUGGUGUCCCAAUGAAAAUAAUCUUUGGAACGUCUCACAAUGUUACUUCUCCGCUCUGGAGCUUUGACAUCGUUGGCCCUUGUCAGAUUGAGAACAAACAACUUUGGGGAAAUCUACCAGCCAACAGUUACAUAGAUGGAAUGGACUUUGAUAAAGAGGGGAACCUCAUAGUUACGGAUUAUGUAUCUAGUACGCUGUUUGUCUACGGUCCAGAUGGAGGUCCACCUAUAUGUCAAUUAAAAUUACCAUUUAAACACGUGACUAAUAUUAACUUUAGACCGGACUCCAAUGAGCUCUAUAUAACUGCAAAAUCACUGUGGAUGCUACGAUGGAAUUCAAAUGGAAUGGAGCGAUAUUGUGAUAGACUUUAAAUGUGCAAACGUUCACCAUCCUCCGAGCAGGCCUCCAGAACUCGUAUCUCCUUCUUUCUGGAAGAAGGUUUGAACGUAGUGGAUGAUGCUGGAGCCCUGCCUUCGGAGAAUGGG